CCGCUCCCUAACCCUAGCCCCAAUCCACAGCCCCGCGCCCCUCGCUCCUCCCUCCCUCGUCCUCACCCGCCGCCGCUCCCUCCAACCACCUCCUCCUCCUUCCGAUGGGUCGCCGGAUCCGUCGGCCACCCCAUGGACUUCGCCUCGAACGUGGGCUGGGAGAGAGAGCGCGGGCGGGCGGUAGAGGAGGGUGGCGGGCGCCAACGUCGCAGUCAAGGGGGAGCAGGGCUGCCGGAGCUCGCACGGAUGCGCAGUCGGAGGGACGACUGGAGGAGAGUAGGAGGUAGGUACGCUGGGACAGGGUGAUGUCGCCAGCGACGGCAGGGCCAGUCGGCCGGAGCUGGAUUGAUCCGGAGGCGCUCAGCAAGAGAGGCGGACAGCGGACCGAUGGAGAAGGGAUCGGCAUCGGGCAGCUCGAAGACCCAAAACGGCUGCCUCAUCAUCUACCUCACCGUCUCUCCUCCAGUACGCGGGUGCUCUGCUCGACCUCUUCCUCGUCAUGGCUGCUCAACAAAAUAAGCAGGAGCAGCCGGUGCAGCCGAGCGUCCGCCUUAGGCUUCAGCAGGACAUGGCGUUCAAUGGUGGAUGCAGGCGGCCUAUGCCAAGCUGGUGCGGGCGGGCUGCUGUCGUUCAUCUAUCCCACGCUGCAGCUGCUGCGGCACGGCGUCCGGCUAUUCGGCGACCAGGACCUGCAGAGCAAGGUUGGCCUGCUCAUCGACUAUGCUGGGGAUCAGGAUCUAAUCUCUCCCAUGGCGGUCGGCGGCGCUCUGGCCGUGGAGGCCUGCUCCUCAUGCUCCUCCUCUGGAUCUAAUUCUUGAUUCUUGCGUCGGUCUGAACUGUGCGAUUUACGUUUCGUCAGAGGUCUGUUCUUGGGAUUCUGGUGCUGUUGAUCUCGUCAAGGGCCUCAUCUGCUUUCUUUCAUCUUGUGAAGGGUUUCUUUUCUACGGUUGGUGUCAGCAGUCAGCUCAUCUCCUGGUUCAUCGUCCAUAUUUGCACUCCUCUGAUCAACUUGCUAAGGUUCCAACUUCCUCCUUUACUUAUAUUCUUUAUACUUGUUGCAAAUCAAGUAAUUUAACCGGUUCUAACUGUGUGUGUAACGUGUGGUGUGACAUUUUGCUUUUUUGUGUUCUUAUUGGUGCUAUUGCCUGCUGUUAUUUCUGCUUACAUAUAUUCUUUCCUGCUUCGUAUUGUGCAAUUACUUCGUUUACCUAGAAUGUGUGCUCUGGUGUCCUUUGUUCUUCCAAUUUUGGAACUGUGGCAGCACAAUGUGCAUUGCUUCCGCCUUUUUACUUGUGUGAGAUCGACGGGAAUGGUCAUGUGCUUGCUGGUGUAGAGAUUGAUGUUCCUGGGGAUGGCCUUAUAGGUAAUAAACCUAUGUUUAUUUUAGAUUCAAAUCACUUAGCUUUUUUUGAGCCAUGGAACCUACAGUUUUACACUGCCACAUUGAGACAUGGAAAUUCAUGAUGUACUUUGCGAGACCCCUGUCCGUUAGUGCCUCUUUGAUCGGCUCUGCUAUGGCAUUGGAUAAGCCUUUAGUACAGUGAGCUUUGGUAGAAAAUGGUUCUGCCAUUCUUGAACAGCACCUGUACUAAAACUGAAUAAUUAAAUGCAACCAACAUAGACUUUCCUGCUAUCUAUGAUUACUCAACAAGUUCUUGAGUAUUAGCAGUUGAGUUGUCAAUUCAACCACACCUGGAUAACUUAGUAUCUGCAGCAAAGUAUUUAGUAGCAAAGUAAUA